AUGAAAAGGCUUACAAAUGAUUUAAACAGAUACAAACAAGUAAUUAGCCACAAUAAAUUGCAUACAGAAAACGAAAAACUUGCAAAUGAUUUAAACAGAAACAAACAAAAUAAAUAUCAGCAAGAAAUUGAGCCCAAAUACACAGAAAAAAUCAACAACUUAAAUAAUAAUUUAGACAGACAUCAACAUGAAAUCAAUACCUUAAAUAACAAUAUAUCCUGUUCAAAAGCAAAUUAUGGAUUAGAGGCUAUAAAUGAUAAAUUAAGAAAAGAAGCCUCAUCAUAUCAAUUAGCUUUAGAAGAUACAUUAUAUUUCCAUUUAAGUUCUUUUAUAAAUAUUGAUAAUGAUAAAAUUCAAGGAGAAAUUCUUGAAUAUAUUGAUAAUUGUCUUGAAAUUAAGGAAGAUGAUGAUCUAAACAAUCCUAAUAAUCAGGAAAAAUAUAAUAAUGUGAUUAAAGCUAUUCCAACAAAAAUACGUCAACAAGACAAUAUUAAAAGAAAGAAUAUAGAAGAUAUGGCAGAAAAUCUUAUCAAAGAUAUAACUAGAAUAUUUAAAUUUCGACAAUGGGAUGAUGAAUGUUUGGAUGAUUAUGUUGUGGAUAUGUGUUAUUUUCCUUUGAGUGGAAUGGAAUUGAUGAUUUGA